UCCCCCACGCUGCCUACGCCCAAUCCGGUAAUCAGCUCAAACCACACUCGCAGCAUUCCGCAUCUGCAAACCCACCACCAUUCCAGAGCUUUCCCAAGCGAGAAAAGAGAAGGUGCUUGUGUGAGUGAGAGAGAAAGAGCCAUGGCAGACGAGGCCUCGAGCGGCGUGCACGAAAAGGCCUCGGAGCCUAUCGGGGAACACUCUGAAAUGGCCACGACGCCAAAAGGGUCAUCCCCCAGCAUCGACGUCGACCACGAUGCCAUGAAGCUGGCCGAAAUGGGCUACACGCAGGACAUGCAGCGCAACUUUAGCGUCUGGAGCGUCCUCGGCGUCGGCUUCUCCCUCACAAACUCGUGGUUCGGCAUCUCGGCUGCGCUCAUCACGGGAAUCAAUUCCGGCGGGCCCUUGCUCAUCAUCUAUGGCAUCUUGCUGCUCGCCCUUGUCUCGACGUGCGUGGGCAUCACGCUCAGUGAGCUUGCGAGCGCGCUGCCGAAUGCUGGUGGCCAGUACUUUUGGGCUAAUGAGCUGGCGCCCAAGAAGUGGGCGAGUUUGGCGAGUUAUUUGACCGGAUGGUUUGCGUGGGCUGGGAGUAUAUUCACCAGUGCUAGUGUAGCUUUGGCGGUGGGGAGUGCUGUUGUCGGGUGUUACCAGCUCUCUCAUCCAGACUUCACCAUCAAGCCAUGGCACAUCUUCGUCGCUUACCAGCUGGUCAACAUCUUCUGCUUUAUCUUCAAUUGCUUCGGCAAGAUUCUCCCCACGGUAGCCAAAGUCAGUCUCUGGACCUCGCUUUUAUCCUUUUUCGUCAUCUUGGUCACUGUCCCCGCGGUAGCGCCAACGCACCAGCAUGCCAAAUUCGUCUUCGCCACUUUUAUAAACAACACUGGAUGGAGCCAGAACGGCAUCGCCUUCAUCGUUGGUCUCGUGAAUACGAAUUGGAGCUUUGCGUGCUUGGAUUGUGCUACGCAUCUUGCCGAGGAAGUGCAUCGUCCCGAGCGCAUGGUCCCCAUCGCAAUCAUGGGCACGGUUCUAAUCGGCUUCAUAACCUCGUGGUUCUGGUCCAUGGCCAUGUUCUUCUCCAUCGUCGGCGACUUUGCAAACAUCAUCGCCACCCCGACUCUGGUCCCCGUCCUCGAACUCUUCUACCAAGCGCUCAACAGCAGACCCGGCGCCAUCGUGCUGGAAUGCCUCAUCAUCGCCACCGGCCUCGGUUGUCUCGUCGCGAGCCACACGUGGCAGAGUCGCCUGUGCUGGAGCUUCGCGCGCGAUCGAGGCUUGCCCGGUUAUGCGUGGUUGAGCAGAGUUCAUGGGAGGCUGGAUGUACCCCUCAACGCGCAUUUGACCAGCUGCGUCAUCGUGGCGGUGGUGGGGUGUUUAUAUCUAGCGAGUUUGACGGCUUUUAACUCAAUGAUCGCUGCCUGCAUCGUCCUCCUCUACCUCAGCUACUCCAUCCCGGUAAUCUGUCUCCUGCUCCGCGGCCGCUCGACACUAACACCUGGACCCUUCUUCCUCGGCCCCGUUGGACUCUUCGCGAACAUUGUCACGCUCGCUUGGACUCUCUUCACUCUUAUCAUGUAUUCGUUUCCUUAUGCCAAACCCGUCGUUCCUGGGAACAUGAACUAUGUGAGUCUGGUGUAUGCUGUUGUUGUGCUUAUCAUUGCGGUCGAUUGGCUUGCGAGGGGACGUAAGACGUUUAGGGGUGUCGGGGAGAGGAAGGGGAAUGUCGACGAGGUGGUGUUGAGUGUCGUUGGAAGAGGUUGA